GCGGCCUUUUAUUAGAUGAUUGAUGUCGUCCGGGCCGACUGCUUGCACCAACGGCUCUCUCCCCUCGCUGCUUUUAGGACGUGGUUUCUGGUGUCGGCGCCGGACGUGCUGUGGACCGGGACGCCCACCUCUCUGGCCGUCACCGUGGUGUCGGAGCUCCCCGUCCAGGUGACGGCUGAACUGGUGCAGGGCGGCAUCAAAGUGAACCGAACCCUGAGCCUCCGAGGAGGUUCGACUGCGAUCCUCACGCUGCCUCCCGUGGGUACAUUUGCCCCCAUUUCGUUCCGCGACCCCCCUCUCACCCCACAGAUGAUAAUAACAGCUGCCGUUCCAGAUCCCCGGCUCCGCGGCGCAGAACUCCCCCUUCGCGUUGACGGUGACCGGCUACAGCAACGGCACGCCGGCGUUCACCGCCGCCUCCGCCCUGAGCGUCAGCCUCAGGAACGUCCGCAGCUUCGUCCAGACGGAGCGAUCCCGCUACCGGCCGGGGGACGCCGUCCGGAUCCGCAGCGUCUCCGUCCGGCUGGACAAGCGUCCGUUCCGGGGCCGCGUGAACGUGGCCGUGCAGGUGCGGCGGGUUCGCGUGUUGUUUCUGGGUCGGCGCGUGCGAUGCUGACGCUCCUCUGCCGCACCCAGGAUCCCGGUGGGGGCGUCGCGCACAGCCAGGACGCCACCGCGGACCUGGGGAUUGCGCUGCAGGCCUUCAACCUACCGCAGGCGUCCCCUCUUGGACUGUGGACCGUCACAACGACAGUGAACGGAGUGACUGAUAAGAAAACAUUCACCGUGGAGCAUUAUGCGCGUCCUCUCUUUGACGUGCUGGUGAAGACGCCUGCUCAGGUCCUGGUGGGAAACGACGUCAGAGGAUCCGUGCGAGCGCUGUACCCCAGUGGACAAGCUGUACUGGGAACACUGGCCGCCUCAGUGGCUCUGACCAGCGCAGGAUCUCCAGUCGUUGGCUCGCAGGCAACAAAGAUCUAUGGAUCGGGGGAGUUUUUCUUCAGCGGGGAGCAGCUUCGAGACCUGUACGUUUUGUCCAAAAGCAGCAGCAGCAGCCGUUUGCGAGUCACGGCGUCUGUCACCAACAAGACCAACAACUCCACCGGAUUUACUGUGAACAAAACAAUCGAAGUUCAACUGAGGCAAAACAUGUUCCUGCUCACGUUCCUCGACUUUUCGCCGACACUGAAGCCCUCUUUGAAUUUCUCCGCUACUCUCUGGGUCUGUAGAUACGACGCGCAGCCUCUGACCGCGCAGGAUCGCGCGUAUCCUGCUCUGGUCGAGGUCACUCAGAGACGACCCAACAUGAGCAACGCCGAGUCCAAAACCCUGACGCUCCAAGUGCCCGAGGACGGGAACGUCCCCAUAGCGUUCAAAUUACAGGAUCAAGUAGAGGCGCUUCUUAUUCAGGCCAGAUUCCAGUUGGUUGAGGAGACAUUGACGAUCUACAAUAACGAGUCGUCGCCCAGUGGGUCGUAUAUUCAGAUCUCCCCAAACAACUCCCUUCCAGCACAGAUUGGAUUUCCUCUUCAAAUAAAUGCCAAGAGCACAUUUGACACAACUACUCUUCACUUUGUGGUGAGCUCUAGCGGUCAAGUGGUGCAUGCUGGGACGUGGAGUUCUCUCUCUUUCUCGCUCACUCCCACAGUGUCCUGGUCCCCGGAGGCCUGCCUCACCGUCUACAGCAUCCUGCCUAGCGGAGAGGUUGUCAGUGACACCGCGCGUGUACUCAUCAACCAGCAGAACUAUGUGUCUCUGAACUGGAGCGGCACCGAGGCCCAGCCGGGCCAGAGGGUCUCGCUCAGCGUGGCCACGCUCGAGCCCAGGUCCCAGGUGGGAAUCGCGAUAACGGGGACGCGUGACGAGGCGCCACAGGACGAGCAGGGUCCAAAAGUGAAGCAGAAAUGCAAUAUGAGGACACUCACCAAUGCUGCAUUUUACAAAAAAGCCCCGGAUGAUGGCCCUAAAAAUGAAAGCCUAAUGGUGGAGACGUGCUGGGGCCCCUGUGUGGAUAUGGCUGACUCACUGCUGUGGUUAGACACUAAUACCAGCGGCGGCACAUGGACGAGCGGGAACAUAACGGUGCCAGACGGGGUGGCGUCUCUCAGAGCCGUGGGCCUGGUCAUGUCCGACAACCUGGGUCUGGGCUUCACGCCGGUGCCGCGAACGCUCACUGUGUCCAAAGAUUUCUCCCUGGCGCUGAACCUGCCCUCGCACCUCGUCAGAGGGGAAGAGAUCGAGCUCGAGGUGAACGUCAUCAACCAUCUAGAGAAAGAGAUCGAGGUCUUCGUGCUGCUCUCGCAGACCAAGGCUUUUCAGUUUGUUCUGGAAACCAGAGGAAACGUCUCGGUGAUGAAUGCCCAGAAGCUUAACGUGGGGGGCCUCCGCUCCGUCGCCGCCCUGUUUGCGAUAAGAGCCGUGGCUCUGGGCCGGAUGGAAAUAAUGGUGGACGCGGUGUCGGCCGAGGCCUCGGACAGCCUGGUGCAGAGGGUGCUCGUAAAGCCGCCGGGAGUGGAGCAGUCCUACUCCAAGACGCUGUUCCUGGAGCUGAACCCGGACGUGCACGCGACUCUCAGAGCGGUGUCCUUCUCCUUUCCGCCAAACGUGGUGCCGGGGAGCCGGAGGGCGGAGGCAGCCGUGGUCGGUGACAUCUUGGGCUUGUCCAUCAGCAACCUGGACUCCCUGGUUCAGCUGCCGCUUGGCUGCGGGGAGCAGAACAUGAUCCACUUCGCUCCCAGUCUUUAUAUUCUGCAGUAUCUGGACAGGUCCACGCUGGACAGUGUGGAGAUCAGGAGCAGGGCCCUGACCUUCCUGGCUGAAGGAUAUGUGAGACAGCUGUCCUACCAACGGGCUGAUGGUUCCUUCAGUGCUUUCGGAGCCAACGACGCCUCUGGGAGCACGUGGCUGACGGCCUUCGUGGUGCGGUGCUUCCUCCAGGCCCGGACCUACAUCUCCGUGGACGAGGGCGUCCUGGCCGGGGCCACGCGCUGGCUCCUGAGCCGCCAGGGGCCGCGGGGGGAGUUCGGCGAGGCGGGCAGGUUGAUCCACACGGAGAUGCAGGGAGGCGCGGCGGACGGCGGCCCGGUGGCGCUCACGGCCUACGCGCUCGUGGCGCUGCUGGAGGACGACGCCUUCGUGGACACGUACUCGGCCAACGUGUCGCUGGCCCAGAAGUACCUGGAGGCGCAGGUGGCCGGCGGCGCCGUCGGCAACUACAGCCUGUCGCUGGCGGCCUACGCUUUAGCCCUCGCCAACAGCCCCGCAGCCGGCGCCGCUCUGAGCCAGCUCCACGCGAGAGCCGACCUCGCAGACGACGCGAGGACGUGGAGCUCCUCCGCCGGGCGCGCCCCGGGCGACUGGCGCGUGCGCUCGGCGCAGGUGGAGAUGGUGGCGUACGUGCUGCUGGCCCUGUUCCGGCGCGGCAGCCUGGUGGAGGGCAUCGCGCAGCUGAAGUGGCUCAGCGGGCAGAGGGACCACCUCGGGGGCUACGGGACCACGCAGGACACAGCGGUCGCCCUCCAGGCUCUGGCCUGCUACGCCGCGUUCAGCGGCGCUAACGCUAUCGACCUCAAGCUCAACGUAUCUUCUCCAACGUCUCCGUUUGCGUCUCCGUUCAGCAUAAACUCCACCAACUAUCGGACGUGUCAAAGGAAGGAGAUCAACGCUGACAGAGAUGUGACUCUGGACAUCUCCAUGGAAGGACGAGGAUUUGCCAUAUUUCAGCUCAAUGCCUUUUACAGCCUGGAGGGCGACGCCUUCGCACAGAGCCAGGCCACGGACAAAGAGGCCUUCUCUUUGGCUGUUGGUGUUACCGAUGGAGGGGACCGCAUCCUCUUGGCCAUUUGCACCAGGUUGAAGGACAGUCAGGUGAUACCUCAUACGGGGAUGGUUAUACUGGACGUGGGCAUGCUCAGCGGGUUCAGUCUGUCUGGAGCUGUUGCACAAACAGGUCUGAUCCGGAAGGUGGAGGCGCUUCCAGAUAAAGUCAUCUUGUACCUGGAAUCGCUGAACAAGACAGACUUUUGCAUCAGGCUUCAGAUGGUCACGCCUUACAAAAUCGCCCAUCUGCAGGAGGCCGUGGUGCAGGUUUACGACUACUAUGAGCCCACGAGGCGAGCGACGAGGACGUACAAGUCGGACGCCCUCAGCAAAACGGAGGCCUGCCUCUUCUGUGGGGAGAACUGCACUCGCUGCCGGGCCGGACUCUCCAUCGUCAGAUCGAACUCCGUCGGCAGCUUGACCUGCAGCUUCAGUUCCCUCUUUCUUGGAAUCGCCGCCUCUUUGCUGAUGAAGUGACAUUAAAAAAUGAUUAUAGACGUUUUAGAAUGAUCUAUAUUAGUAUUGAUUUGCUGAUUCUCCUUUGCCUGGGUGUUUGGAUGUGAUAUAUUUGUGUGCCUUGAAUCUAAAAUGACUGUUAAGAACUGUCAAACUUCAUUUAUCAAUUCUUUUUAUCUCUCCGUGUCUCCAGCACUGCAGUAGAUCUGAGUUGUUGAUAAGAAUAUGAUGUAUAGUUGGAGGCAAAAUAAACCUGCAUCUGAAAGUCAUAUAAAGGCUAAGAUAACGCUUUCUCC